CCAGGUAGGUUCCGGAGACGAAAGAAUUGGUGGGAAGUACGCCUUUCCUAAGAUCUGUUCUUUUUGUUGAGUAACAACUAUCCCAAGAGAUUGGAUCAAUCAAUUCGAUUGUUCCACACAAUUAGAGCGGUAUAGCAGCGAAGCUAUUCCAAUACUACUUAGUUUUCCGUCCGUCACGAGGAGUGGUAUAUAUCACAUGAACAAUACUUGGCAAAUGCAAGUUCAAGAGGUCGGGAAUUUUCGGAGAGUUUCCAGAUCAUUCUAGAAAUCAGAUUCCUUGUAAACCUGAUUGGAUGGUCCCAGUUAAGUAGCUCCUUGGUUGAAAUUCAUACUAUAGCCACCAGUCUUCUCGUCCUUGACCAUCUGAAAGUUAUUUGUCGACAAACCAAAUGGUUUCAACAUUCCAUUACCCAACUGCCAAAAUGUUAGGCUUGAAAAAAAUGCUGGUCUUGGUGAAAAAAACUAACCUGCUUCAGUUUAUCCAUCAUUUCUUUGGUCUCCUUUUCUUGGGCUGCUUUUGUCCGAGGUGGGAGUGUUCUCAGCUGUUGCUGUAUGAUUUUCUUGUCUGCUAAUGAAAUGUUGAGCAUUUGGGAAAGAGUCUUAUAGUCUGCAAAUCAUGGUUAGACAAAUGGAGUGUGUGAAAAGAGCUUUUGGAAACUGUACCUUCUUCAGCACCCUGCAAAACAGACCACCCGCCCUGUUCACUCCUCGCCUUUGCUCUCCUCAUCAACGCCUUUGCCCGUAUCCUCUCAAUAUCAGCCUCUCUCUUUGCCUUUUCGGGCGAGAUCUCUUCUCUCAUAGGCGCACUUUUCGUAGCGCCCUCGCUCACAAUCUCCUCAUCAGCUUCCUGUUCUUCGGCCUUUACGGGUUCCUUGGGUUCUUCCUGCUUCGUUCCAUCUGGAUUCCUGCCUUGCAGUUUAUCUAAGCAAUCCAGUGCAGCGGUCGAGGAUUUCACAGCUUCCUUCCAAUCCUCAAGUUUCAGAUGACAAGCUGCAAUAUUACUCUUCAGCACCGCUAUCUCGUAGUCGAGGUAAUUCGGACAGGUGGAAAGGGCUUCAUCGUAGAUAGCUAUCGCUUCUUGGAAGGAGGACUUUGCGAACAGAGCGUUCGCAGACGUUUUUUGAGCGUUGGAUUCAUUGAGGAGGGACUUGAAUAAUCAUCAUCAGUAAAUUGUUCUGAUGCGCCUGGUUUGUGUAGAGGAAAUUGCUUACAUACAGCUUCUUCCUCUGGCGAAAACCGCACUACCUCUUCUUCCGUGUCCACUGGCUUGGCUUCAUCUUUCUUUUCUUCGGGCUUUCGUGCAAAUCUCUCACUGCGAGAUGCCAUGUUUGUGCUGUUGUAUUGACAAGAUGGGGCAAUGAAAUGUGAGGUGUUUGAUGACAGCAGCGGAAUGGCUCCGCUUUGAGCUUACCCAUGCAGCAUUCGAAUACCCCACUAAACCCCGCCCCACGUCAGCUCUGGUAUGUACAACCUGAGAUACAUCAUUACAUACGACGAGUGAAAUUAUUCCAAUUUCCAAAGAUAUUUAUACACAGUCAAGAGAUAAUUAGAUCCAUCAUGACGUCUCCUAAAACAGAGUAAGUUGAAGUUAUCCUCACACUCCAACGUAGACUAAUAAAACUUCCAGUUUCCCCCCCGUUAGAGCAUGUUUACUCGAUAUGGAUGGCUUGUUAAUUGACUCCGAAGACAAGUAUACCAUCUGUGACAACAUGAUCCUCGCAAAAUACGGAAGACCACCUAUUCCUUGGUCCAUCAAAGCACAGUUGCAAGGUAGGCCAGGGGUAUCAGCCGUCAAAAUAAUGCAUGAAGUACGUCACGUCUAGCAAGGGAUAGUAUAUCUAUACAAACUAAAUUUGCAAACAGUGGUCCCAACUACCUAUCACCAUCGAAGAAUACCAGACUCAACAGCUCAUUCUCCACGAAGAACACUUCCCCUCCGUUCAACCCCUCCUAGGCGUCUCAAAGCUCCUCUCCGACCUCUCAUCUGCCACCGUCACUCUCCCCACCACACCCCCCAAAACACUCAAAGUCCACACCGCCCUCGCAACCUCAAGCAUGGCCUUAAAAUUCAAAUGGAAGACCUCCCAUCUCGAAGAACUAAUCUCCGUCUUCCCACCUCAUCGACGCGUCUUAGGUGAUGAUCCGCGAAUCCCAAAGGGUCGCGGAAAACCAGCGCCAGAGAUCUAUCUGCUAGCGUUAGAUACCAUUAACCAGUCGCUCGACGAGGGGGAGCCGAAUAUCAAACCGGAGGAGUGUUUGGUUUUUGAGGAUAGUGUUUCGGGAGUGGAGGCUGGUAGGAGGGCUGGGAUGAGGGUUGUUUGGAUCCCGCAUCCUGGGUUGGCGGGGGAGUACGUGGGACGGGAGGGGGAGGUGUUGGCGGGGAGGACGGGAGAAGGGGAGGGGGAUUUGCAUCAGGUUGGGGAGGUGGGGGAUGGGUGGGGCGAGCAGUUGGAGUCGUUGGAGGGGUUUGAUUGGGGGAAAUAUGGGAUUGAGAUUCUUUAG